UAUCGCGGUAGCUCUGGACACACAACACAACUGUGAUACAUGCAUCACUGGUACUGGUGACUUUUUACAUGCGCCGAAUUGCACAUUUCUCCUGUAACGCUCACCAUGCGCUCUGGAUUACGUCGAGUGGAUGAAUCUCCUGUCCUGAAAGGCCUUUCCACAUGUGUUCUACUUUUGAAAUGAAAGAGAUGCCCACGUGAAAAUGGGAGAUUGGAAUUUCCUGGGGGGCAUUUUGGAGGAGGUGCACAUCCACUCCACCAUGGUGGGCAAGAUCUGGCUGACCAUCCUCUUCAUCUUCCGCAUGCUGGUACUGGGGGUGGCCACAGAGGAUGUGUGGAACGACGAGCAGGCCGACUUCAUCUGCAACACGGAGCAGCCUGGUUGCCGCAACGUCUGUUACGACCGCGCCUUCCCCAUCUCCCUCAUCCGCUACUGGGUGCUGCAGAUCAUCUUUGUCUCGUCACCUUCGCUCGUCUACAUGGGCCAUGCCAUCUACAAGCUGCGGGUGCUGGAGAAGGAGCGUCACUACAAGCGUGUGGCGCUGCGCCGCGAGCUGGAGAUGGUCGACGUGGAGCUGACGGAGGUGCGGAAGCGGAUCGAACGCGAGCUCCGUCAGCUGGAGACGGGGAAGCUCAACAAGGCGCCGUUGCGGGGCUCGCUGCUGCGCACCUACGUGGCCCACAUCCUCACACGCGCCGUGCUGGAGGUGGGCUUCAUGUCGGGUCAGUACGUGCUGUACGGCCUCCACCUGAAGCCGCUGUUCAAGUGCGAGCGCGAGCCCUGCCCCAACGCCGUGGACUGCUUUGUGUCGCGGCCCACCGAAAAGAGCGUCUUCAUGGUGUUCAUGCAGGGCAUUGCCGCAGUCUCACUCUUCCUCAGCCUGCUGGAGAUGAUGCACCUGGGCUACAAGAAGCUGAAGAAGGGCAUCCUGGGAUACUACCCCAACGUCAAGGAUGAAAUGGACGACUACUACGGUAACAAGUCCAAAAAGAACUCGGUGGUGCACAUGGUGUGCAUGAGCUCGGGGGGGCGCAAGGCAACCAUCCCCACGACAACCAGUGGGUACACGCUGCUGCUGGAGAAGCAAGGCAAUGGGCCCACCUACCCCAUCCUCAAUGCCACCUCUGCCUUUGUGCCCAUCCAGGGCAACCCAGUUGGGCAGCCCGGCGUGGACAUUCCCAAAGACCCAAAAGAUGUUGUGCUGAGCCCCAUGGAGCACAACAGCAACUCCAACAACACCAGCAGCGAGACGCGGUCCCCUCCGCAUGAGCCACAGGAGGAACACCUUCCGCACCUCCUCCACCCCGAGGACCUGGAGCUGGCCAGCUCGGAGUACCCCACACUGCCCGUAGUGGUGGCCGACUCUGCAGCCUCGUGCUCCGUCUUCACGCUGGCACGGAAGCCGCGGCGCGUCAGUGCCCCGUGGACCUGCAGCACGGUGGUGGAGGGCCAGGCCUCGGACAGCGGCUCGGACUCCGCGCGUGGCGUCGGCAUGAAGCCCCGCUGUAGCUUCGCCUCCAGCCGCGCGCGCGCCUUCUCCAAGCCCGACCUGAAGCGCCUCACCAGGCCAGGGAGUCCGGACUCUCUGGGUGGCCUGAGCCUAGAGUCCAGGCACAGCCAUGGUGCUGAGCAUGGCGGCAGCAGCGACGUCGGUUUCUCGCCCGAUCGCCGAAUGUCAUUGGCAAGUAGCGCCAGCAGCAGGCGAGCCCCGACUGAUCUGCAGAUCUAAGCAUCACCGUGCUGCAGAUGUCCUCCAUCUUGAAAAAGCACUGAUGUGAUUAGGACCCUGGGUCCAUGGAACAGUUUGCACUGUUUCUGAAACAUAUUCAUGGGGUCCGGCUGGGCACCUCUCUUGCCACAACAUGGGGAUUCAAGUUCAGGAAAAGAGAAGUGAGUUGUUAACCACUCAUCUUCAUGCCUGUAGAGCCCAUAUUAGAUUUAGGUUUCUGGAUCACAAAAUGAUGUGUAUCUUUUUCCUUUAAGGGUGCAAUAUGUAGUUUCUGUUGGAAACUGGAAAAUGUUUUGUUUUUUUGUCUUUUGUUGCAACUGCCUAUAGUUUUCUGGAUGUGUACAUGAAUAUUUCGUUAUAAAUACCGGUACUCAAGAAAAGAACAUAGCUUACACACUAUGCACUAACAUCAUGAUGAACAUUUUCAAUUCAUUCUUUCUAUAGUGGCACCAUUAUGUUUGAUCUUCAGAGUUAUGUCAAUGAAUAGGGCAACAAAAAUUGAUUAAUUGAUUAGCUGUCAACUAUUAAGUUAUUCAGCAACUAUUUUGGUAAUCAGUUGAUCGGUUUGUGUCAUUUUUGAAUGGGGGAAAAAAAAAAUCUCUGAUUACAGCUUCUUAAACGUGACUAUUUCCAGCUUUACUUACUCCUCUAACUGUUCACUGAAUAUAUUUGGCGUGUGAGCAAAACAAAGCAUUUGAGGACAUGAUCUUGGACUUUGGGAAACAAUGAUUGACAUUUUCUCACCAUUUUAAUCGAUCAAACGCCAAAUGGAUCAAUUAAGAAAAUAAUCAGCAGAUUAACAGACUAUGAAAAUAAUUGUUAUUUGCAGCCCUAACUGUAGCAAGAAAAACUAUAUAUAUGCACCUUUAAAGCUCAAUGUGUGUUCUACACUUUGGCAGUGAAGGUCAAAACCAUUCUUUGUGGUUGCUAGCAAUAUUCCAACCAAAUGCAACUAAUAGUACAUUUUUUAACUGAUUAUUAUUGGUAUGAGGUCAGUAUGAAGGUUGAAUUUUCACUUUUGGAUAAACUAUCCUUUUAAUAUAAUAUUUUUAAUUGUAAGUAAAGUUGUACUAAUAUUUUUCUGAAAAUGAAUUUGUAUUAAAACAAAAGCAAUAAAAUAAAUUAAUUCUUUUACAUGUUUAUGCUUGGUUUAUUUUCCUUGAUAAGAGUAUGUUUUAUGUAACAUUAUGCUUGAAAAUAUGCAUUGAACUUAACAAAAGCUCACUCACAGGAGUUACCUAAGU